AUGAUCUCUAAAAAUAAGCUACAGAUAAAUGUAAUUCUUAUAUAUAACAAUAGUUGAUUAAGAAAUAAAAUUUUAUGGUGAUCAAAUAAAAUUUAAGGAGUGAGAUCCAUUAAUGCUUUAUAACUUUUAUGAAAUAAUAGAAAAACUGUAUGAGUAAGUUAAAAUUUACAAUUAACUCAGUUUAUUUUGAAAGUAAUGAAUUGUUUUAUUUUAUCUAGAUCUCUCUUUUUUAGGAACAUCUCCAUUGUCAAUAUUAUAGAUCAAUCUUUAACAUAAAUUUAACAAGAUAACAAAUUAGAUAAAUUGA